AUGGCGCGGUGGUUGUCAUUCUUUGAAGAAUACAACUUUACGGUCGAGUACAAACCAGGACGACUUAGUGUCGUCGCUGAUGCACUCUCACGUCGUCCCGACUUUGAGCCAGUCGUGAAGCCCAACAGUGAGACAGUCAGUGUUGCGGUUAUGACGUCCUCAGUCCCAUCUACAACGUUGCAUGAUGAUGUGAGGCGGGCCUACGCCCAAGAUGCCGUUUCUGGUGACACACCACGUGUUGUCAUUCCAGAUGAUACUGAUCUGCGUUUGCGGAUCAUGUUCGAGUAUCAAGAUGCUCCUAUAGGAGGACAGCGUGUCCGGGAGAAAACGUAUCUCACGGUGAGUCGAGACUUUUACUGGCCCCGCCAGUAUCAGUUUGUGCGAAAGUAUGUUCGCGCAUGCGAAGUCUGUCAACGAGUGAAGUCAAGUCCUUCACUGCGUGCACCUUUACAGCCGCUACCGGUUCCGGCAGAGUGCUGGGAAUCCAUCUCAAUGGAUUUCGUCUUCGGGUUACCCAAAGACGCACGCGGGAAUACGGGUAUUCUCGUAUUUCUUGACAGAUUCAGCAAAAUGGUACACCUUGUGGCUGUACCAGAGACAAUCACGGCAAGUGGCUGUGCUUGUGUCUUUAUUGACACCAUCUUCCGACUUCAUGGGUUGCUCCGUUAA